UUUAUUCUUAAAAAGUUUUAUUAAUUUCGAGAAGUGUUCGAUUUUUUUUAUUUAAACUUUGAAAGUAAAAUAGAAACUGUGGAAUAUAUUGGCCGAAGAUAACUGAAACUUUAUUGUUUGUGGCUGUUUACGAGUGUUGUGGUGCACCGUCCGAACGAGCUGCCUCGUAAAAAGAUGGACUGGCAAGAUCCAGAUCAGGCCUCGAUGAUAUUUUGGAGUUAACAUGCUGUCGUUAUUCAACACAAGCAGUGCCAAUGACGUGGCGGCGCUAGCUAGCCGAUAUGCUCCUGUUGCUAUGUCUCUCAACGGAACUACAGUUAUUGGAGGGGGGGUCUUGAUCCUCACCAAGACCCUCACAGGAGAAUCAGUAGAAGUGAUAGACGAACCUAAGGCCAAUAAAACAACAGAUAUUAUCGACGUCAAGGUCGUCCAAGUAGCUUUCUGCAUCCUGUACACAGUGAUCUUCGUUCUUGGCGUCUUCGGAAAUGUCCUCGUCUGCUAUGUUGUCUUCAGGAACAGAGCGAUGCAAACAGUCACCAACCUCUUUAUAACGAACCUAGCACUCUCGGAUAUAUUGCUAUGCAUAUUUGCUGUGCCUUUAACACCUAUGUACACAUUCCUAGGAAGAUGGGUCUUUGGAAGACUCCUUUGCCAUCUAAUGCCAUACGCACAAGGCACGAGCGUGUACAUAUCCACACUAACCUUAACAUCGAUAGCUAUUGACAGAUUCUUUGUCAUUAUCUACCCCUUUCAUCCCAGAAUGAAGUUAAAUACUUGUAUACUAAUAAUAAUAUUUAUAUGGGUGUUCUCCUUAGUCGUCACCUGCCCAUACGGCCUUUUCAUGGGAAUACAAACGACAAAUAAUAGAACAUAUUACUGUGAGGAAAGUUGGCCUUCCGAUAAGUCAAGAAAAGUAUUCGGAGUCUUCACUACUGUACUACAGUUUCUAAUACCAUUUUUAAUAAUAGCAAUAUGUUACACGUGUGUUAGCAUAAGAUUGAAUGACCGAGCGAGGUCGAAACCAGGUGCUAAGAAUACCAGAAGAGAAGAGGCGGACAGGGAUAGAAAGAGACGCACAAAUAGAAUGCUCAUAUCGAUGGUAGCCAUAUUUGGAAUAUCUUGGCUACCACUUAACUUGAUAAAUAUUUUCAACGAUUUCUACGCACAAAUGACGGAGUGGAACUACUACUUCGUGUCAUUUUUUCUCGCACACUCGAUGGCGAUGGCAUCGACAUGCUACAACCCAUUCCUGUACGCAUGGCUGAACGAAAACUUUAGGAAAGAGUUCAAACAGGUGCUUCCUUUUUUUGAGUCGACGGGUGGAGUGAGGAACAGCUAUCAUUCCGGCCGUAUGCCAACUCACAAAGCCGACAAAAUUUGUAACGGUAACGAUACUAUUCAAGAGACAUUGUUGGCAUCGUCUUUCAAUAGAGGACCUUCAAUAAAGCAACGGAUAUUAGAAGGCAAUGGAAAAAAGGAUAACGGUGUUGAGGUGGAAAACAUCCUUUUAGAAGAUAAGACUAUUUCAGCCACGUUUCACACGAAAAGUGAAAAUGUGAACCUACAGUUAAUAGACGAGGAAUCGCAAUUAAGUGAUCCAAAGGAGACGAAAUCUCCUAUAUAAUUAUUCGAGACAACGACAUAAUAUCGAUAAACUUUUGACAUUGUAACAUAUUAGCUAUAAUUUUAAUUUAUCUUAUCGAAUCAACAUGUAUAGAAAAUUAACUUGCUUUGCUUACUGUGAUUAUGUAACUAAACGCUGCUAUUGUAAUGUAAAUAAAUGUAAAUCAGUAGAUUAUGUCAUAUAAACUUAAUUUUUAACCUAGUCAGUAAAAUAAAGCAAGUAUCCAAAUGGCCUAUUCAUUAAUUUCUAUUUUGAUGGCAGUCAGACUGCCAGAAUGUAUGUCUUAACGUAUUGUAAAUAAGGUUUCUUUUUGAUUGGUGUUUCUUGAUUGAACUGUUGAGCCCGAUUUCAAACGUCACCAUUUUUAGCUUUUAUAUAUAGUUUUGUAACGUACGUACGUGGUGAAGAAAUUCUUUUGGAGACAUGUUUUUACUUUGUCGUCCCUUAUUAGAAGGAGAUAGUGAUAUUACAAAAUAGUCUCUUUCACUCCUUCGUUUAAAACUGUACAGAAAAUUCUUUAGCUAAAAAACGUUUUUGAAAGCGACCCAUGAUCUUGUAAUGUUUUCUUUGCUAAAAACGUCGACGUUUGAAAUUUUGAGUUUGUCGAAAAGCACUAAUCAAAUAUCUAUAGAAAUUCUCAUAUAAUUACGAAAUUGUACAAAAUUAAGUGCUUAACUAUAAGUAGUGAGGUUUUGUAAAUAGAUUUAAUUUAACUGUAAGUUUGAAGUAUUCGUUAACCGCUUAGUAGUGUUAUCUAAAUAUUAAUUAAAUCAAUGUUUUAGUACUUAGUAUACAUGUUUACUGUUACAUUUGUGGAGAAAUAAAAGGAGGUUGGUUGUUUUGUA